AUGAAGAUCAUAGUGUUGGCCAUGUGCUUCGCCGUAGGAAGUGUUUUCAGCUCCGAUGACGUUACUCGAAAAGACGACGUCCCGUGGACCGUUCGCUGCCUGGCCGACAUCGGUAAUUGUACAUUUCCCGAAGUUAAUCUGACAUGGCACUUCAACAACUUAAAAAAAGAUUGUGACCCGGGUCCCGUCUGUCCAACGAGUAUCAAUUAUUUCACAUCCUCGACAGAAUGCAAGAAAGCAUGCCUAAAAGUGGAAGAAAUGUGCAGUUGUAUACGGCCACAAGAACAGUGCAAAAGUGAUUCAACGUUAUUCUGGGCAUGGAAUUAUAACGGCGUAAACUGUACGAGAAAUCAGCACUGUGUACGUACCAUAUUCGACUUUACCAAUGAGAAACAAUGCAGGGCACUUUGCAUGAAGGAACAAUAUAAGACUGAUUGCACUGACGAACUUAAACGUGAGUUCGAAGUUACCAGCAAAUGUCCGAAUAACUACGAACAGAGAUACUACUUCAACAGAAAUAGAAAAAUGUGUAGAUGGUUCGUCUAUGAUACCUGUGACGAGAAUGGCACACCUGACGACCCAGAGAACUCUGACAACGGAAACAACUUCUUAUCAAAACAUGAAUGCGAUGCUGCUUGUAUUAGUUCCCAGAAAACAACAUUGUAG